AAAAACAUGGGCCAGUCUAGAGUUCUGCCUUGCUUCCCGGCGCGGUCGCAGUCUUCAGCCCACUCAGGAUAAUGGCGACAGCUGAGGUACUGAACAUUGGUAAAAAAUUGUAUGAAGGUAAAACAAAAGAAGUCUACGAAUUGUUAGACAGCCCAGGACAAGUCCUCCUGCAGUCCAAGGACCAGAUUACAGCAGGAAAUGCAGCCAGAAAGAAUCACCUGGAAGGAAAAGCUGCAAUCUCAAAUAAAAUCACAAGUUGUAUUUUUCAGUUGUUACAGGAAGCAGGUAUUAAAACUGCCUUCACCAGAAAAUGUGGGGAGACAGCUUUCAUUGCACCCCAGUGUGAAAUGAUUCCAAUUGAAUGGGUUUGCAGAAGAAUAGCAACUGGUUCUUUUCUCAAAAGAAAUCCUGGUGUCAAGGAAGGAUAUAAGUUUUACCCACCUAAAGUGGAGCUGUUUUUCAAGGAUGAUGCCAAUAAUGACCCACAGUGGUCUGAGGAACAGCUGAUUGCUGCAAAACUUUGCUUCGCUGGACUUGUUAUAGGCCAAACUGAAGUGGAUAUCAUGAGUCAUGCUACACAGGCUAUAUUUGAAAUACUGGAGAAAUCCUGGUUGCCCCAGAAUUGUACACUGGUUGAUAUGAAGAUUGAAUUUGGUGUUGAUGUAACCACCAAAGAAAUUGUUCUUGCUGAUGUUAUUGACAAUGAUUCCUGGAGACUCUGGCCAUCAGGAGAUCGAAGCCAACAGAAAGACAAACAGUCUUAUCGGGACCUCAAAGAAGUAACUCCUGAAGGGCUCCAAAUGGUAAAGAAAAACUUUGAGUGGGUUGCAGAGAGAGUAGAGUUGCUUUUGAAAUCAGAAAGUCAGUGCAGGGUUGUAGUGUUGAUGGGCUCUACUUCUGAUCUUGGUCACUGUGAAAAAAUCAAGAAGGCCUGUGGAAAUUUUGGCAUUCCAUGUGAACUUCGAGUAACAUCUGCGCAUAAAGGACCAGAUGAAACCCUGAGGAUUAAAGCUGAGUAUGAAGGGGAUGGCAUUCCUACUGUAUUUGUGGCAGUGGCAGGCAGAAGUAAUGGUUUGGGACCAGUGAUGUCUGGGAACACUGCAUAUCCAGUUAUCAGCUGUCCUCCCCUAGACUGGGGAGCUCAGGAUGUGUGGUCUUCUCUUCGACUGCCCAGUGGUCUUGGCUGUUCAACCAUACUUUCUCCAGAAGGAUCAGCUCAAUUUGCUGCUCAGAUAUUUGGAUUAAACAACCAUUUGGUAUGGAGCAAACUGCGAGCAAGCAUUUUGAACACAUGGAUUUCCUUGAAGCAGGCUGACAAGAAAAUCAGAGAAUGCCAUUGAAUUUUUUAGGGGAAAAACUACAAAGUUCUAAUUUAGCUGAAGGAAAAUCAAGCAAAAUGAAAAGGUAAUUUUAAAUUAGAGAACACAAAAUAUAUUAGUGAA